UCAUAAGAAGAAGAAAAAACCACAACAACAAAGCGUUGAUUUGACGCCACCGUAGGCGGCGGUCUGUUCCUUCCUAUAUAGAAAAACCCUUCACCUGCAACAUCGACUGGUUAUCUUGGGCUUAGUAACUACACAAGUUCAUCGGAAAAUGGACCCUAACGAACUAGCAAAGGCAUUCGUGGAGCACUACUACUCCACCUUCGAUACCAACAGGGCUGGGCUUGGAAAUCUGUAUCAAGAAGGUUCCAUGUUGACGUUUGAAGGCAUUAAAACUCAAGGUUCACAAAAUAUUGUGGCUAAACUUACUUGCCUUCCCUUUCAGCAGUGUCAGCAUACUAUCACUACUACUGAUUGUCAGCCUUCUGGUCCUGCUGGUGGCAUGAUUGUUGUCGUCUCCGGUCAUCUCCAGCUCGCCGGCGAACAUCAUGCUCUUAAGUUUGGCCAGAUGUUUCAUCUGAUGCCAACACCACAAGGAAGCUUCUACGUCUUCAAUGACAUUUUCCGGUUGAAUUAUGGCUGAUACGCUCAAGAUGAAUGCAACUCAUGUUAAUUUGUUCCGUCUUUUCCAAGUUUAAGACUUUUGGAUGAAAUUCAAGUUUCUUGAAAUAGUGAUAUUUUGUGUCUCUCCUUCAUGUAAUUGUUUUAGAAAAUGCUAUGAUUUAAUGUUUUUUGAGUUGCUCCGGUUUCUGCUCUGUUGAUGUUGGAGAAUUGACUUUUUGAU